AUGGCCCAGGCUGCUACGAUGGGCCCGCCGCUCUCCCCGCUCGCCAGGGAGCCUCGCAGGUCGGGCAGGCGGCCUGCGCCCUUGUUCAAUGCUAUCGCCAGCCCGACGUCCCACUCCCCCGACCCGCAACCUCUGUCGCCGACGGUCCCCAGAAUCAAGGAGCCCCUCCAGCGCUCCACGUCCAACGGCUCCAAUCGCAACAAGCGGGCCAAGCAGGAGGAUCUUGACGACGCCCUCGAGGACCACCCGCUCAAGAACGGCACCAACGGCGCCACCACCAACAGCCGCGCGAAGAGAAAGGGCAAAGAGAAGGAGCCCGAGAAGGACAGGGCUGCCGUCGUGGAUAUCAACAUCGAUGAGGCGAAGAACGGUGCCGCCGACGAGGACGCGCCCAUGGACGGCCCCGACGACGAGCAGAGCGUUACCCGGUGCAUCUGUGGCGACGAAGAUCCCGAGCAAGCAGGCGAGUUCAUGGUGCAGUGCGAGACGUGCAAUGUCUGGCAGCACGGGCUCUGCAUGGGCUACGAGAAGGUCGAGGACCUGCCGUUCGUUGAUUACCACUGCGAGCGGUGCAGGCCUGAAAGACACGAGUCCCUGCUCAAGAGACUGAGCAAGAAGAUGCGCCACGCUUCCAACACAUCCCAUCACAACUCUACCUCCGCCAAUAACUCGCGCUCUUCUCGGUCUCAUUCGCCAUCUCACCUCCUGCACAAACCAGCCAAGAGGCGCAACACGAUGAACAGCAGGGAUGCCGCGUACGACGAAAGCCUGCAGGAAGUCAUCGAGCAGUCGGCUGCGGAGGCUGCUGCUGCAGAAGCUGCCGCACAUGCUGGUGGCCCCUCCUCCUCCGCUGUGGACAGUAGAGCAGCUGGAACUAUGAACGUUGAAGGUGAUGAGGAGGGUGAUCCAGCCAUAGGCGGAGCAAAGAAACGGAAACGGACCGAGGAUGACACGGCGUUAAUCAAACGGCAGCGCUCCCCGUCCAGCAUGUCCGACCGCCCCGCUUUGGCGACCACAACACGCGAAGAGACUCCAUUGAAUCCUGCCAGUGCAGCGCGGCAAAACUCCGGAACAACAGCUGCUCCCAAGAGUGCAGCGGCACGGAACAAGCGAGGCGGGCGCAAGAAUGGGCAAGCCGCCGACUUACCUCCUACCCCGGGUGAUGAAGAACCCGCCACCACGGCACCCAAGCGUCAAGCAAACAACAGAACUAAAACAUUCGCCUCCGCCGAUCACAGACGGAACAAUACAAGCGGUGUAGGUGCCGGGACCCACUCGAAUACACGAGGGCACGCAUCCACGUCCGCCGCGGCAGCGAGGGCGUACCACCAGUCGCAUGAAUACGCCGUUUCACAACAACCUCUGUAUACAUCCUGGAACCUGCCCGACUGGCUUUCACACCUGGAGCCGAUGCUGCCCUCAAAAGAGCCGACACCGCUGAGGGUUACAAGUUCGGGUGCUCAUGGACUUCAUAAUCUCAAUUUGAGCGCCUGCGCCGAUGUGGAUGGCAGGGAUUCUGUCGCUCCCGAGGGCGUGACAAUUGAGCGAGGCGUCAAGGUCCGAUGGCCGACGAAGAGGAUGAGUGUCGGAGAUAUGAACAAGAGAGUCAGAGCACUCGUGGAGUGGGUCGGCCGGGAGCAAGUCAGCGCUUCGGAGAGGAUGAGACGGAGGCAGGCCCUGGAAAAGGCCUUGAGGGAGGUCCAGGAGCACGUUGCUAUUUCUGAACCUGCUGCAAGAGAAGACAGGAUGCUGAUGGAUGACGAGAGACCCAUGACGGAGUCCCCUGUCCAGGAAAAGUCGGAAUUCGCGGCAGUCAGGGUGGAACACCUGGAACCGCGAUAUUCUACCCAAGCUACGAUGAAGAUGAUGGAGGAGCUGAUGGAGGAGUUGAUCAGUUUCCAGGAGCGAUUCGGACCCGGAGCCAAGACGAAAGAACGGGAACGGAGAGCUGCUGCAGUUUCGUGA